AUGACGCAUAGUUGCACCAUCAGCAACCACUUCGGUGUGAGUGGAAAAUGGCUUUAUGUAUGGCUCAUGGUAACGAAUUCUACGGCUAUGCUGCUAUUCGGAUACGAUCAAGGUGUAUUCGGUGGCAUCCUUACCCUUGAAGACUUUGAAGCACGCUUCCAGCUAGAGGACAAUGAGACCCUCAAGGGUGUCAUCGUCGGGUCUUACGAUCUAGGCUGCUUGGUUGGGGCACUGGCAACGGGCCCAAUCGGAAAUUGGAUUGGUCGAAAGCGAUCUAUUUUGCUGGGAACAACUGUCAUGAUGAUCGGCGCGUUCAUGCAGUUCCUUGCUCCCAAUUUUGGGAUCAUGACGGCAGGACGUGUCAUCGCGGGUAUUGGGAAUGGCAUGAAUACUGCUACAGCUCCAGUAUGGGCUUCAGAGACUAGCAAGACAGCCAACCGUGGUAAGACGGGUAUGACAUUGAUGGUUAUCAACAUUGGUGGCCUGGCAGUAUCAUGCUGGAUGACUUAUCUUUUCAGCUUCGUCAAGUCCGAGCUUGCGUGGCGUUUUCCUCUUGCCUUCCAGCUCUGCUUCGUACUCGUCAUCUUUCUCACCGCCUUCUGGCUGCCAGAAUCGCCUCGAUGGCUCGCUAUGAAGCAUCAGGACGACAAGGCUCUUGCGGUCAUGGUUGCCUUGGAGGGAAGCAGGGUGACAAGCGAAGGCUCAACCGCCAGGCGAGACUUCGAAGAGAUCAAGACCUCCAUCGCGCUCGAACAAUCUCUAGUAGUUAAGCGUGAGACUAAACCAUGGUUCAGACUUAUUCUCGGCGUCGCCGUUCAAGCCAUGCAGCAAUUGACUGGCAUCAACAUAAUCUGCUACUAUCUACCUUAUGUUCUUACCGAAUCCGUCGGCCUGGAUGGAUCUAGGGCCCGCCUGCUCGCCGCAGUCAACGCUAUGACGUAUCUUGGCUCCACAUUCGUUGGCCUCGCUUUCGUUGAACGCUGGGGUAGGAGAAGACUAAUGAUGUAUGGUGCACUUGGUCAAUGCUGCUGCUGGCUCGCCAUAACGCUCCUCCUGGGCUCUGCAUCCACGGCGGGCCUCCGCUCUACCCGCCAGCAGCAGCUCGGCAGCGCUGCUGUGCUGUUUUUCUUUCUCUUCAACUUCUUUUUCGGCGCUAGCUGGCAAGGCGUGUCAUGGCUUUACCCUACGGAGAUCAACAGCACCCAGAACCGUAUCUCCGGCAUGUCGUAUGGAGUUGCCACCAAUUGGCUCAUCAACUUCGGUGUGGUUUUCGUUACCCCGUUAGGCAUCGCAAGUCUUGGAUCACAAUUCUACGUCAUUUGGACCGUCCUCAACGGCCUAAUGGUGCCAAUUAUCUACCUGUUCUACCCCGAAACCGCAGGACGCUCUCUUGAAGAUAUCGACGGAAUGUUCGAAGCGCAUCCCACGGUCUGGGUCUUUAUGAACAAGAGCAUGACUGCUCGGAAAGCAGCAACUUCAAACGGUAGCCAGGACAGUGGGGAGGAUAUAUCGACCUUCCGGACAGCAGAACAUGUCGUGACAUUUUCUAGAAACGUUAGUGCACUUGAGCUCGCACCUCUUGCGAACCUGCGGCAUCGUCAGCCCGGCGGGGGUCCGACUCCUUUGGGAAGCAUGACGCCUGUGCAGAAUGGGGCCACGCUUGCGGAAGAUAGGACGGUGGCAGACAACGCGGCUGGAGCUAUGGAAAAUGGGACCGAAGCUGUGAAAGAGGACGAGGAUGCGGACGUCGUAUCGUUACAAUUGGCGUCGAGGGCUACAGUGCUUUCAGUGUCGGCAUCGCCUCUAGGACCACAGACUUCGUCUACGGCAUUGCUCUGA